AUGCAGCGUUCAAGAGAUGGAAGGUGCAAGUGUCUGAGCAAAGUGGGCCUCAGUUGGAAAGGCAGUGUGGACGAGGAUGUGGUAGAGCUUGUGCAGCCCUUGACUGGGCGAGAACAGUUUUUCACUGCCAGUUCCUGCGCUGGCUGCAUCAUCCUCCUAGACGGGGGUAUAAAUGGUUUUGAGGUUCAGAAACAAAACCGUUGCUGGCUACUGGUUACACACAAACUGUACGUGAAAGAUGACGUGAUUGUAGCCCUAAAGAAAGCGAAUGGUGGUGCCGUUUUGAAAUUUGAACCACUUGUUCUUCAUGUGCAGCGUCAACAGUUGCAGGAUGCACAGAUUCUGCAUUCAGUGGCAAUAGAUUCUGCUUUCAGGAACUCUGGCAUAAUAGUGGGAAAGAGAGGAAAGACUGUGUUGGCUGUCCAGAGCACACAUGGCUUAGAAGUUCCAUUAAGCCAUAAAGGAAAACUGAUGGUGACAGAGGAAUAUACUGACUUCCUGUUAAAGAUAAGCAAAUCAAAAAAUGGAGGAAAGCAAGAAGAGAAUUGAAAGGUUUUCUGCCUAUAACAUGCUUUGUAAAAAGAAACUAUUUCUACUACCUCACAUCCC